AUGGUAUCGCCUGAAACCGCCAAUCACCAGGUGAUUAAAACAGCCAUGGUUCCAAGGCCAAACAAGAGGAAUAGCGGCUGCAUCCACAAUUGCCAGCCGGAUAUGAUUGAGGAAUUGCCGGGAUGGUUUUGGUUCCAACGCGGAGUAGUCACGUUCGACGUCAAGAUGGGGCGAGACAACUAG